UGACAGCUGCCUUAAAACCUCAAUUUGACGUCUGUGCGUAAAACUAAAACCAGCGACGGCAAAUCAAGGCGGAAUUAUUGUAUUUUUGUAAAACACUCAUAUGUGCAAUUAUUAUUCAACUCUGAAUACUUUCGGCAAGUAUGAUGUCAACCACAGAAGGAGAACUGGAUGUCGAGGUGUCCCAUGAACUAGAAGAUGGCGAGUUAGAGGAUUCCGACGUAGAAGAGGGCACGUACAUCCCGCUCACGCGUCCAGAAACCUUUAACCCGCCGUCGCUAGUGAACAUGCAAAUACAGGACGAGCAGAGUGACGAAGACACUGGGUUGGAGUCGUCGGGCUCGGAGUCGGAUGACGACUUUCGUAGACGCCCGAAGCGCACUAAAUUGAGACCGAAACGCCCGCAACCAUCUGCGCAGCCAGACAAGAAAGAAAAAUAUAAUGUUUGGUGUAAAGCGUUACAGGAGGAACUGCUUACUGAAGAUAUGGUAAGCUGUGAUGUAACAAAGAAAGGUAGAUAUGGUGUUGAAUCUUAUGACUACACUAUUAAGUAUAGGCUAGACGAUAACUAUGUUUCUAAGAAAAUAUUUACAAAUAAUCAUGAAUACAAACAAAAUAAAACAAACAAGAGGAGUUAUUCGGACAGAUCUAACAACAAGUUCAGGCAAGGUAAAAAGAUCAAUAGCGAACAUCCUCCUGAUGAAAAGCAAAGACCAAGAAACUUACUGGAUCUCGCAGUGACUUCAGACCAACCGCCAGAGCUGGUGGCACAAGAUAUAGCUGAAAAGUUGCGUGAGGAUAAGACGGAAUUACUUGCUAGGAUAGUACAAGUAACUGGAACAAAUAAAGCUAUGGCAAUUUAUAAGGAAACCCAGAGAAUUGAAAAUGAUGGUGGAAUGCUUGUUAUGAAUGGUACUCGCCGACGCACGUCAGGCGGUAUAUUUUUCUUCUUACUGAAACGCGACGACGAAGUGUCGCAAGUUAUGAUCAAUGAUAUAUUCAAUGAGGAUCGUCUGAACAAUCGCAAGAUAAAGAAGACUCGUACAAAGAACCGACAGAAAGUCAUGGAACAAUUAAAACAGAGCCUCACAGAUUCAGAGCUGCCUUCGCUAUUGUCGCGGAGUGAGGCGACAGUCCAGUCCGAGCACGGCUCCAACCCGCCGCCGUCACCGGCGACCGACGCGCGCGACUGCUCCAGCGACACUGACGCGCAGUCGCAUACGGAGCUGCCCCCCUCCCCGCCGCGCCCGCACUCCCCUCUCCCCGACCGAACGGAAACGCGCGACGUGCAAAACUACGAUGAUGACGAUUUCUUAGAAGUCAUGAACAAUGAAGAUAUGGACCUUUUCUGAAUACAUGCGAGUUAUCCUUGGUGCUGUGUGCCUAUUAAUUUUAGAGAACAGUGAUAAUAUUAGAUCCUGUGUGUCUGAGUUUUCUUAUGCUCUGUGGAUGAUGUUUUUUGAUGUGACAACGUCUUAAAAUUCGAUGGAGCCGGCUGCACACUCGAAAAAAGAUGACGUCAUGCGUCGUUCCCUCGCUCUAGGGUUGCCAACUUUUUUUUAAGUGUUAAGGCAGAAAAACGGUCUAUGUUUAAACAAGUUUCUUUGUAUCAUACUUCACUAGCGUUGCUAAAUGAGAAAGUAGAUUAUCUUAAAUGCAGAAGUCUAUUGUAAUAAUUACAUAAACAAACAACUUUUCUCAUUUUUCUUUGUCUUUAUUAUACAUUUUUAAGUGAUUUUGUUAUAAAUGUGUCACUACAUUAUUAUUUUUUCAUUAUGUUAUAGUUAUAGGCUUCUUAUAUCAUAUAAACUUUUUAUUAGUAUUCAAUUGCUUAUACUAAACCAACUAUCAAAGUACUUUUUUAAGAACAUGACUUGAUCACAUGAGAUACAAGCUCACAUUUAGUUCUUGGUUCAGACAGCAGCAAAUUUUCUUGUAAUUUAAACCUAUUUGUAAAGCAACAAAAACUAUAAUAAGUGUUCCUACAUGGCUUUUAGUAAGCAGUAAUGUAAAUUACUGCUCUGUGUAUUUAUUUCUCUUUUCAAACUGGUUCUACUGUAAUUAUGAUAUAUAAUAGAUAAACAUGUCAAUUUACUAAAACAUGCCAAAUUACUUUGUUUUGUUACAAAAGGAUUUCAUCCUAUCCCAGACAUCCUAACAAGUUAGCCCGCUUCCAUCUUAGAUCAAAAUCAUCUAACUCAACUUGUAGAAAAAAAAUUAAAAAAAACUUUCAGAAUCCUCUAUGGUUUGCCUGAACAUUCAUGCAGAAUGGUGUAAAUCUAAGGGAUUACCACAUUUGUACAAUACAAAUAAGUUGUCAUUUAUCCAGUUUGUAGACACAAAACAAGGUAAAACACUUGUAAAAGUUCUGUAAUGGUGUAACAUUUACUUUCAGUGGAACCUAAAGCCUGAGCUAUUAAUAUUCCACAGCAUGCAUUCCUUGCAUCAAAACGUGUGGCUGUGAUUUUUUUAUUACUAUUUAAAAGGCUUACAAAUCUUUUAAAUAGUGUUCAUUCUUUAAUAAAAAUGAAUCAAUAAAAACACAAACCAGAUAAACCACUACAUAGUGGUUUAUCUGGUGAGAUCAGUGGUUAAACUAUCACAGUGGACUGGCAAAAUGCCACAGACCCCUUGAUGGGGCCUUAUACCCAAAAGGCUGUGAGCUUGGAAGUAAUCGAACAUUAAAAAAAAUUCAAGUGACAUUUUUCUGGUGUCCCACAAGCCUCAGAUAGUGUAGUUAGCCUGCAGUUUUUACCGUUUAACCAAUCAAUGUAAAGCCAAGCAGAUAUGUAUUUAAAUCAUCCACCUCUUAUAAUAAAAGGACGCACAAUCAUGUAGAAAUAUUUAUAAAUUGGCCAAUUUUGCUUUGACAGUUUUAGAAUUAUUGGUAAAGACCUUUAAAUAUAGUCCAAUAUUUAAUAAAAUCCCAAAUUCAGAGCAAAUUUAAACUUAAGGAUUGAGUUUAAGGUUGAAUUUGCAAAUGCAACUACUUGAAUUGAGUGUCAAGAAGUUGUAUUUGGUACUCAUUGAGCGGGGACGUUUUUGGUCGCUGAUUGUGCUGAUUGUCCACUUUUUAAUAAGAGAUUGAUGAUAUACAUACAUAUUUAAUAAUGUUAUGUUAUGUUGCUAUGACAGAAACUAAUUAGGUGUUGCUCAUUUGUAUAGUAUAGGUGAUAAAAUAGUGAUUUGGAAACAAUCUCAUUGUAUAUUAUUAACCUGUUCCUACAAUUGCCCAAUGCCUCAGCAUUAUCAUUAUCAGCUGAUGAUGGACAUCCACUGCUGGACAUUUUUUUAAAACUUCUAAACAGUAUAGUUUUGAUCUGCUAAAACUAAAUUUUUUACAUCAUCCAUGAGGUAGAAGUCAGGGAAGGCUUGGCCUGGUAUCAUUAAAAAUUGGCUGAUGAUGAUGAAUGUACACGUAAUAUUACCAUCUCAGACUAAUUACAUAAGGACCUGCUUUGCUAAACUUGAACCCUCUGUCAAAGUAUAAGAUCAACGAUCUAAAGUGUUUAUAAAAACUGUCUCUAGAUACCAUGUUUCAUGAUUGUAAUCGUUUUCGUCAUGUGUAUCAAAACUGUGAAAGAUAGUGUAGCAGAACCUAUAAACAGUGAUAGCAACACCAUACUAAUCCACUGGCUGCUCAGCUCACUAUACCAGACUAUCUUAAUACUUGAAAAGGUAAAGAAACUUGGAGCUGGAUAAAUAUUUGUUGGUGUUAACUAUUUUCGAUGUGUGAGUUUACUUCACCUUCUCGAAAAAAAAUUACAGUUAUUUUUUUUCAAUUUGGGUGUGAUAGUUGUCCUUAUAUUAGUCUGAGAUUACCAUAAUUGAACAGGUAAUACCACCAUGUAGCCUAUUUCCAAUGACAAACUACAAAUAAAAUGUUACUUUGCCAAACCUUUUUGUGAAUUUUGAUACUUCAGUAUCAAAAAGAUAUUGCCUAGUGCAAUUGCAUAGACCAACUUUUUUUUUCUUUCCGUGGUGACUAUGCCCAGAAAAAGUUCCCUCAACCCCCUUGCAUUAAAAAUGGAAAGAAUCUUCCUGGUGGUAAUCUAAAUAUAUGUAUAAUUAAGCAUCUCAGAUUAUUGAUGUUGCUAAUGCUAAAUUAUGUGGUUCAUUUUGAACCUUUACAAUGUAUCAAAUUCAAAUUUAAUUUAUUUCAAUUAGGCUUAGUUUACAAGCACUUUUGAAAAGUCAUGUUAUGUUAUGAUUUAAUGGUAGUAAUUAAAGUCGAAAAUUUAAAAUUAAUGUUACAAGAGUUCCAAACGGCGCCUCGGUCCGAGAAGAGCUUACAAUAAACUCAGCCAAGGUUUAUUUCAUCAUGGUAUCUAGCCAUUCUCAAUUGAACUGGUCUGAUCCAAGUAUUGUUUGUCCAGACCAGGUAGCUUGGAAUAUUAUAGAGGCCAUCACUUAUGUGUGUUCUCGAAACCUAUGCUGUAUUAUAAUAGCUAUAGAAAGUAGACAAUAAUAGUACUGCAAAUUUUUCAGUUUUAAUAUUAAGUACACAUAUUUAUUUGGUCAGUUAUCUAUGGGGCUGUAGACUGUAGUUACUUUUAUUUUUAACUAAGACAUUAUUAUCUUAGUUGUGUGAAUAAGAACUUGUACUAUUCUCUGAAACUAUUAUAGAACAGUUUAAUAAAGAUUUAUAAAAAAAUAAA